AGGAUAACCUGCGGAGGCAAGGUCCAGCGUUACCGUUCGGCCAUGGCCAAACCAGCCGGGGUGGCCGUGCCGCCACCUGCGCAUCGCCCAUGAGUGCCGGGGGGCCGAGCGAGGGGCUGCCGGAGCUGGAAGAUGGGCUGCUCUAGCAGCAAACUCUGCCUCUAUUCUCAGUGUGCUGCAGCAAGGAGGGAGGAAGCACUGAAACAGCGUAAAGAGUUAUCUCAAGAACUAGUUAACCUUCGAGGAGAACUAGUAACCACUUCUGCAGCUUGUGAGAAAUUGGAGAGAGACAGGAAUGAACUGCAAGUUGCUUAUGAAGGGUUUUUGCAGAAGUUAAACCAGCAACAUCACAAUGAUUUAGCUGAUCUGGAGGAGAGGCUUAAACAGUUUUACACUGCAGAAUGUGAGAAACUCCAAAGUAUCUGCAUUGAAGAAGCUGAAAAGUACAAAGCGCAACUCCAGGAGCAGGUGGACAACUUAAAUACCAGACAUGAAAACUUUAAGCUGGAACUUGAAAACAGCCACUCAGAAACAGUAGAGAAGCUGAAGAAGGAGUAUGAAUCCUCUUUUUCAGAGCUCCAGAGUGCUCAUGAGUCUGAAAGGAAGUCCCUUGAAGAUUCCUUUAAAGAGAAGCAGGAAUUGCUAGAGAAAAAAAUCGAUGAAUUAAAAUGUGAAAACGACUCUCUGAGUGAGAAGUUGAAGUUGGAAGAGCAAAAACAAAUAGCCAAAGAAAAAGCCAAUCUCAAAAACCCGCAGAUCAUGUACCUGGAACAGGAGCUGGAAAGUCUGAAAGCAGUGCUGGAGAUCAAGAAUGAGAAACUCCAUCAGCAGGAUGUGAAGUUAAUGAAGAUGGAAAAACUGCUGGAGAACAACACAAUCUUAAUGGAUAAAUUAAAGAAGGUUCAGCAAGAAAACGAAGAAUUAAAAGCUCGGAUGGACAAACACAUGGAGCUUUCAAGGCAACUUUCUACGGAGCAAGCCGUUUUACAGGAGUCGCUAGAGAAAGAAUCAAAAGUGAACAAACGCCUGUCAAUGGAAAAUGAAGAACUUCUGUGGAAGUUGCACAAUGGCGACCUAUGCAGCCCAAGAAAACUGUCUCCCAGUUCUCCGUCCGUGCCUCUACAGUCCCCACGAAAUUCUGGUAACUUCUCUAGUCCCACAGUAUCACCGAGAUGACAUUUCUCGAGAGAAAGAGCGGACUGCAUUGCAUUUGUGAGCUGCAGAACCGAUCCUAACUUUAAUUACAGGAGCAAGAGCUAUAUUAGCCGAGUAUUGACAACUAAACAUAACUGGAAACGAUUUGGUGCAAAAAUGGCGGUAAGAGACUACGGGAGUAAGGCAUUCGUGUCACUCCUCCCUGACAGACUUGUUUAUGACCUCUAUGGACAUCGUUGCACAAAGCACUUAACAGAGCAAGGAAAGACUUGUUCGUUGCCUUUUCACCUAACUAUAAGAAAAAGCUCAGGGGCUUAGAGAUAAAGAUCACAACCUUUAUAAUAUGUUCCUUAUCACAGACACUUUUUUUUUAAAGGCCGUGUGUAUGCGCGUGUGCUGUGGAUGGAAUGGAUGUAACACACUGUGCGUGUGUCUAAUGCUGCCUUCUUUGCUGUGUAUGUAAUAAAGGAUAAAAGCUGAAGACUA